UUUGAUGGACAGAUCAGUGUGUGGGAUUCGUUCCAAGUAUGCAGCGAUGGGAUUUUUGCAGCUAUGCUAGAUAAAACACCAUCCAGUCAUUCGUUUUCUACUUACAUCAAAACGUUUCUGAGUCUUGCGCGAUGGCGAUGGAGUCUGGAGCGGGACGAGGAGUUGGGAUCCACCGUGCGCUUUGGAGACCGAGCAUGUGUGUGUAAAAGUGGACAGACUGGGGCCAGUCAUGGAGCCUGAGCUGAACUGCAGCUCUCACUGUGAUUCCCCACUUUGCUUCAUCCACUCAGGAGUCAACAGGCAGGAGGGCCUCGACAUACUUCAGAGACUAUGCAGUCUCAGCACGGUGGCAGUGGAGCUCCCACGGCGGUCCCUCUCCCCAGUGCUGAGUGGUGUGGUGUGGACGCUGCUUUCUUGUGGCAUCCUGCUGGCAUUCUGCUUCCUCCUUUUCACCCUGCGCUUCAAGAACAACAGGAUAGUGAAGAUGUCCAGUCCAAAUCUGAAUGUCCUGACUCUUUUUGGAAGUCUCCUUACUUAUAGCAGUGGCUUCCUAUUUGCCAUUGAUGAACAACCACUCUCACAUGGUGGAUUGUCUACAGCUGUGGUACAAGCUCGAAUGUGGACUCUUUGUGUCGGGAGUACCUUGGUCUUCGGCCCAAUUUUGGGAAAGACGUGGAGACUGUACAGAGUGUUCACCCAGCGAGUGCCUGACAAGAGAGUGAUCAUCCGAGACAUCCAGCUCAUGGGCAUGGUGGCUCUAUUGAUCCUCUUGGACAUGAUGGUUCUGACCACCUGGAACCUCACAGACCCCAUCAGGUGUUCACGGUCUGUCGGAGCUGUUGUCAAGGUGGUGGAGAGAGACAUUUCCUACUCUUUGUCUCAGCUGGACUCUUGUUCCUCUGCAUACUCAGAUCUGUGGGCUAUCAUUAUUGCUGUUCAGAAGGGUUGUCUUCUCCUCUAUGGCACUUACCUGGCUGGGUUGACCAGCAACGUCAGCCACCCUCCAGUCAAUCAGUCUCCCACUAUCAUAACAGCCGUUACCUUGGUCACCAUCUCCUCAGCUGUGGUCGUCCCCGUGUCCAUCUUCUUGCACGGCUGGCCCAACCUGGUCUAUAGCACUGUGGCUGGAGCCAUCUUCAUUUGCACACUGGCUACUAAUUGUAUGCUGUUUGUGCCUCAGCUGAUCCAGUGGCGGCAAUUUGAAGAGGAUCAGAACAACCCGGCGCAAAUGGCCAAGUAUUUCAGCAGCCCCAGUAAGAGCCAGACGUCUGUGUACAGCCAGGAUGAGAUCUACUUCCUGCUGGGGGAGAACAACUCCAUGAAAAAACUCCUUAAUGAGAAAAACGCUGUGAUUGACAGCCUGCAGGAGCAGGUGAACAACGCCAAGGAUAAACUCCUGCGACUCAUGUCAGCCAGCCAGCCCUGCGAGGACCAGGACAUGGACUCCUCUAGCACCAACCUCAAUUCCUCCUCCACUCAGACCACAGAACUUCAAUCUUAUGGUCCCUCUUCUUCUUCUCUACCUCAGAGAGACACUAACUCUCUUCUCUCACCCCGUCACCCCAUUACACCAUCUUCUGAACAUCCCACUGCUUCAAACCCUAUUACUUCUUCCUCCCCUCUCCCUGAUGAUAUGUAUGUGGGCGAAAAUCAAAAAAGUGUCUCUAUCUCUGGCCUUGUAGACAAAGACACAGCUGAGUCCAGAACAGGGGAGGAUCUCAAACAGCCUGUGUCCCUCCCAUCCUCUGGAUUACUCAGGACAGCAGAGGAGACUAUUAACUUUGUCACAUCCCUACAGUCCCAUAGAGGGUUAAAGCCAGUUCAGGUUGAAACUUUAGGUAAUCACACUGGCCUAACAUCUCAGCUAGGACCAAAUGCCAGACCAGCUGGUUUUGUUAGCAGCGAACAGUUGCAGGAGAUUCUUCAGGAGCUGAGCUUGGAUGCAGUCCUGGAAAGCGCACUUCGAUCUCCCGGUCAAACAGCAAGGACAGCCUCUCAGCUAAAAUCUACAGAAGCCCCCACACUCUCCCCCCUCUCCCUUCGGACACCACGUUCUCCUCAUCCACCUGUUCUGUUCCGUUACCCCAGCAUCUCCCCCUAUGCAAUGAGGAAACGUCGGCCACCCUUCAACUCAUCCAGAAGAGGUCUGACCCCUCCCUGCUUCUAUGCAGGUUGUGGGAAGAUAAGGGAAAACUGUGAACACCAAAAUCCAGGCAAGCACCAUGAUGAGGUCUCUGUGGAUGGUACCCUCCUCCAGGUUCACAACGGUGACCUUGAGCUAGAGGAGGAGGAGGAAGCAGAAAGGCAAGGAGUGAUAAGAAAAUGUCGGAGGUGUGUUUCAAGGCCUCACAGAUGUUCAGCGUUACGUUGUGCAGAACAAGUUCACACAGCUCAGCCUGAUGUGGAAGUGGAUGCUGACAAUGAGCAGCCCCACAGACAUAUAAGAGACUCCUGUGGGUACUGGGAUUCAGACUCCAGCAGCUCAACAGACUACUGUUACUAUCACCGCCCAUACUGUGACUCCUGCCUGCAGCGGGGAUCGUUCCUGUCCUCUGACAGCUCCUCAGACUCCUCUGACAGCGAGUACGAAGGCUACACCGGCUGCUACGGCUCCCUGCAUCCUGUAGUAUUCAAAGAAGACCUCAAACCCACCUUUGUAUGAACACUGGUUUACUGCACUUUACAGGUUCAUCCAUUUCCACCACUUGAAUUUAUGUCCUAAAGAAUUUAUAUUAGCUUUGAGGAUAGACAAAUUUCAAUGGGCAUAAAGCUAAUGUGCAUCUAUUAUGGGAGAUCAUUUGACUCCAGUUUUCAAUAGGAAUGUGUUUUCUUGACAAGAAGAGAGGGUUGGCAUUCCUGAAUGCUGCAUCCUGGGACAAAGACUGUUAGAUUUGUGAAAUGUUUUGUAGGCAAAAGCACACAAUGCUGUUUACUUUUUAACAUUACUUAUGGCCGUAUUGUAUAUUUCUGCUGUCAGAUGAAAACGGUUACAUUCCAAAAACAUCUAAGUCUGACAUUCAAAAUAACAAAUAAAAAAGCCCAGAAAGCAAGUUUAAAGGUUUUCACAGAGCAGUUGAAAUGUGCACUAGAUUAGCUAUUAUGCAGAUUCUAUAUUUAUUUUAAUAUUUAUUCGAAGAUGUUUUGGUGUACAGAAUUGUUCCGUCUCCUUUUUUACUGUUUCACAUUG